AUGCACGUCAACGCAGCUUCGAAUGCAGAAGUAGCGACACACAACAUGCAAACUCACCUCCUCAUACUAGGAGCUGGCUUCCUACUCCUGAUCCACAUAGCCAACCUUUUCCUCAUCAAGCCCCUCCGCAACUACUUCAAAAGCCGUCAACUAGGAUGCGGUCCCGUCCUCAUCGAGCCCUACCACCUCCCCUUCGGCAUCGACACCAUCCGCCGCAGUCUCCUCGCCGACCGCGAGCAACGCACCCCCGACUUCGUCUUCUCGCGCUUCAUGGCCAUGAACCGGUACACAUGGGCCAUAUCCCUGCUCGGCACAACCAAUCUGAUCACGGCCGAGCCACGCAACAUCCAAGCCCUACUCGCCACGCAAUUCGACGACUUCAUCAUGGGUACAGCACGACGCACGAAUUUGAAACGGGCGCUGGGGCGCAGUAUCUUUGCUGUUGAUGGGGUGGCUUGGCAUAGGGCGAGGGAGACUAUGCGGCCGCUUUUUAGUAGGGAGAACGUGAGUCGGUUGGAGGUGUUGGAGGGGCAUGUGGGGAGUUUGUUACGGGUUAUUGAGGGGAAAGAAGGGGGGUUGAGGGUUGAUGAGGAAGGAAGGGCGUGGUCGGCGCCGGUCAGUUUGGCGGCCUUGUUACCGAAGCUGACGAUGGACUCGGCGACGGAGUUCUUUUUGGGGAUGAGUACGGGGUCGCUCGAUAAGUUGCUUGAGGAGCAGCGACAGGAGAAGGAAGGCGACGAGAAUCAUGAAGAAGGCAGCUUCGACCACGCAUUCGAGCGUAUGUUGACCAUCCUCGGAAUUAGAAUGCGUCUUCGCAGCUUCUACUGGCUCUACGGCAACACCGAACUAAACAAAUGCAUCAACACCCUCCACACCUUCGUCGACCGCGCCAUCGACGCCGCGGACCUGGCGAGAAAACAAGGUUCCUCGUCCCUCCGCUACGACUUCCUCGAAACACUGCGAUCGCGCUGUGCCGACCGCGCUGAAGUCCGCGAGCAAGUUCUCGGUCUGCUAGCCGCAGGUCGAGAUACGACAGCAUCACUCACAUCAUGGGUUUUCUACUGCUUAGUGCGGAACCCACGGGUAUACAACAAGCUACGUGAAGUAGUUCUCGCAGAGUUUGGAUCUUACUCGAAUACCACGCCUGGACAAAGCAUCACGUUCGAGAAGCUGAAAAGCUGUUCUUAUCUACAACAUGUUCUGAACGAAACACUACGGUUACAUUCAGUAGUACCGUUCAACUCCCGCUGCGCCAUCCGCGACACCACCCUCCCCACUGGCGGUGGCCCUUCGGGCACCCUCCCCAUCUUCGUCCCCGCCGGGACAGAAGUAAACUUCAGCACGCACGUCCUGCAACGCCGGAAAGACCUCUGGGGCGAAGACGCCGAUGAAUUCGUACCCGAACGUUGGGAGAAGAGGAGACCGGGAUCAACGUGGCAGUACGUCCCGUUCAAUGGGGGGCCGCGCAUUUGUAUUGGGCAGCAAUUUGCUCUUACGGAGGCGGGCUCGUCUUUUGAGUACUGGGCAGAAGAACCAGAACGAGCGAACACCGAGCUGAACGUCGAGAUGUUGUCCAUGAUAGUUCUCUUCAUCUUCACCAGUCCAAUACUCUACUUGCUCCUCCGCUCCGUUUACUACCUCUUUUUCCACCCCCUCUCACGCUUCCCAGGCCCCAAACUCUGGGCCAUCUCCCGCCUGCCCUGGCACUAUGUCAACCUCCGCGGCGACCUCGCAUGGCGCAUCCGCGACAUGCACAUCUACUACAGCAGCCCCGUAAUACGCAUCGCACCCGACGAGCUAUCCUACACCAGCAGCACGGCCUUGAAGAAGAUCGACGGCUCACCUCCACCUCGCGAGUUUCUCAAGUGUCUGGACGGGCGUGGAAUCGCUCCUGCGAUCGUGAAUGGACGUCGUAGUAUCGUUACCGAGACACCUGAGCGCCAUGCCGUGCUACGGCGGGCGCUUCAGCCAGCGUUCAGUGAGCGCGCAUUGCGGGAUCAAGAAGAUUUCUUUCGGGAUCACACUGAUCGGCUUGUUUCUCAGUUACGGAAACCACAGUAUCAUGCUGUAGAGCAGAAUAUCCUCCGCUGGUUCAGCCUAUUGAGUUUCGACAUCAUGAGCGACCUGGCCUUCGGACAACCCGCGGGCUGUCUCGACCGCGCCGAUGAGCCCUGGCUUGACGUUAUCGGAUCGCGCGUCAAAAGCAUUGUUUGGUAUCAACUCGCUACGUACUACCAUAUCGAGUGGAUACUCAAAUGGACGGCACCCAAAGCGGCCAUGGAGGCGCGGAAGCGGCAUCAAACACUCACCCUCCAAAAGGUACAGCGACGGAUUGAUGAGGAGCGUGCUGGCACCCGAAAAGGGAAGAGACGGGAUUUCAUGAGCUACAUCCUUGGUAACGAGAGUGAGAAUUUGAGUAACAUGGAUCUUUUUGGUAUGGCGAGCGCGUUGAUUGUGGCGGGCAGUAACACGACUACGUAUACGAUGAGCGCAUUUGUCUUCUUCGUUUGUGGGCAUUCGGACGCCUAUAAGAAGGUUAUUGCCGAGGUGCGGGGUAGGUUUGCGAGCGAAGAGGAGAUUACCAUGGUUGCUGCUGGUGAGCUGGUUUACUUGAAGGCCUGCAUCGAGGAGUCGAUGCGUAUAUCGCCGCCUACGCCAUCAGCUUUGCCGCGCUGGGUUCCAGAGGGUGGAGAGGAGAUAGAUGGAAAAUGGGUACCGGGAGGUACAGCUGUAGGCAUGCACAAUCUCGCAGCCUGUCACGCUCCAUGGAACUGGCACCGGCCUCUUGACUUUAUCCCAGAGAGGUGGCUGCAGACGAAAGAUGGGGAGUUUGCUCGUGAUGACCGAGGUGCAUCUCGUCCUUUCUCCUAUGGUAGACAUGAUUGCAUUGGACAAACUAUGGCUAUGAAUGAGAUGAGACUGGCUUUGGCUAAGCUCUUCUGGAACUUUGACAUCUCGCUCAGCCCAAACAGUGAGAAGUGGUGGAUCACACAAAAGUCGUAUUUGGUCUGGGAGAAGAAGCCGCUCAUGGUCUCCAUCAGGCCGAGGCGGUAG